AUGGCAGAAGUACUCGGUGUUGUCAGCAGCGCGAUUGCAGUCGCUGAGCUAGCGGGAAAAUUCGGCCUCAGCGUCAUGAAGCUGAAGAAGUUAUGGGACGAGAUCCAGGACAUCCCCGAAGAGAUGAAUCGCAUCAUGAGACAGCUUGAGAUACUGAAGCCCGUCCUGGCGGGGAUGGAGGCCGAUUUCGUGCAACAGCAGCGACACAAGGUCUACUUGAACAGUGCCACCAAUCUGCAGGCGAGCAUCGAGUACUGUCGAGACGCUGUCAAUGAUCUGGAGAGCUUGGCGGAGGACCUGCAGGCCAGGAUCAGCACUGCGAAGCGAUCGAGAAGAAACAUCACGAAGCUCAAGGUCUCGUUCAAGAAGGAGGACAUUCGGAAGUACCAGGAACGGAUCGGUUGGGCGUUGCACCUGAUCUCGCUUUCGCAGCAAAGCUAUAUGAUGUGGGCGCAAUCAAUCCUCGCUCAGAGUUUGAAUAGAAACUGA